AUGUCCCUCACUCUAAAGGUUACGUCACUGUUCGUUAGGACGCUUGCGAAGCCGGUAGCAAAUGCCAUCAAACGCAAUGCCCACGAACACGAGCGAUUUCGCCGAGUAUGCAUCAAAUUUGCCCAAGGGCUACAUCGCGUCGACAUGCGCAUGCGCCUUGGCCUCCUACAAGACCCCGCCGUCAUAGACCGCCAAAUCAAGAAGGAAGUUGCAUUAGCAGAGGCUGCACGUAAGCAGGCGGCUGCACCUACAGUCUUGACAGAGGCCGAGACAAAGGCAGAGGAAGCUCUCACCGAGAAGGAGCGAGAAGCGAUUAAGAAAAAGGCAGAGGAAAGGGCCAAACCGCGCAUACGGCCCCUCUCGGAGCAAAAAGCCAUUGAGAUGGGCGCAAACUUUGUCGCAGAAACCUUCAUCUUUUCCGUGGGCAUCGCUGUGAUUCUCGUUGAGCAAUGGCGACAGAGGAGGAAGGCGCGCAAUGCCCGAGAUGACAUAAGGGAAGAUCUGGAAGAGGUACAGGCGGAGCUCAAAGCUGUCAAGGCUGAGUUGGAAGAAUUCAAGGCAAAACACCCAGAGCCCAUAUCGUCGAAAUUACUAGGCUUCUGGGGUGGCAGUGCAAAGACGGGAGAGAAGAAGAAUGAAGCCGCCAAGUCUGAGGAGAAGCCCAUGUCUACGAAUGCUACGCCUACUGCCGGGCCAGAAACACAUACUCAGCCUUCUAGCGAGGGACAAUCAGUUGGCGGAACCCCGCAACCGAAAGAAGCAGGAGCACAUACACAAGAAACAAGAUGA